ACGAGUUCUCUGUUCUCCCUUCUAGCAAAUAGCGUGAGAUUAGCUGUAAAGAUGAAGACGAUUACCGCAGUCGCUGCGCUUGCGACGCUCGUCCAGGCUGGACUUCGCUUCCCCUGCUCUACACUAACUUUUCAGCGACUCGAUCCAGCUGGCGAGCCUGGCCAGAACCCGUCUUCUCAUGUCCACCACAUUGUUGGCGGAAAUGCCUUUAAUGUGACCAUGCUUGGCGAUGUCUCCUCUAGGGCUACUUGCACCACAUGCCAAAUGUCCGAGGACUUUUCCAAUUACUGGACUGCUACUCUGUAUUUCAAGCAUCCAACGAACGGUUCUUACCAUCGUGUUCAACCGAUCCCAGUUCAGCCUUUGUUAGGAGGCUCCAAUGGUGCUCAAGGCGGACUUACAGUCUACUACACGCAGUUUGAUCUGAGCAGAGACAACCUGAAGCAGCAACCCGUCAAGAGCUUCCCACCGGGCUUUCGCAUGACCGUAGGAAGUCCGACUGCGACUUCACGCUCACACCUUGGGCUUAGUUAUCAAUGUAUGACAGGCGGUAGCAGGGGCGCUUUACAAGCUGAUAUGCCAUCUAAACCUUGUUCCGGCGGAAUAUUCACUACUCACCAUUUCCCCCCGUGCUGGGAUGGAAAGAACCUCGACAGCCCGGAUCACCAGAGCCACAUGUACAACACAGUCAACACAGACUACUUUAAUAAUGCACCGGCUUGUCCUGCUAGUCACCCUGUGAGAGUACCACAAGUGACCUUUGAAACAACUUGGGACACAACCAAGUUCAAUAGCAUGUGGCCGUCAGGUGCUCCAAAUCCAUUUGUAUGGAGUUUUGAAGGAUCGUCGUAUGGCACUCACGCCGACUAUAUGUUCGGAUGGAAAGGAGAUGCCCUCCAGCGUGCUAUGAACAAGUCCGAGUGCUUCUAUGAUGGCUGCGGCUCCAUCCAGAAGCAGGCCAUGAAUAUCGCUAAUCAGUGUACCGUUAAGGAUAUGGUUGGAGAAGUUACUGAUGGAUGGCUUCCGAAGCUGCCAGGUAUGGCUAUGUAAGGGAGUUGUAGCCAAGGUAUUAUGAGCACUUAAGGCUGGGUGUCCAUUGGGAUUUUCUAAGAUUGAAAUGUGAACUGUUGAGGUUCCUUGAGUAUUCUAUUCAGAUCGAAUGAA